AACUGCGACUUGAUGCAGUCGAAGCAACAAAGCAAAACAUCAUGAAGAAGUCGAAGGAGAGACUUUUGUUGGAAGAAAGGAAAGAACUCGUUCACUCUGACACCAGUGACGAGACGGAUGAUGAAGGAGAUCAUUCAAAUGAAAAGGAAAACACUGAGCCAGAAAAUAGAACUACUUCCCCUCCUGUAUCACCGUUAAGGUCCGCAUCUGGAAGUGGUUUUAACAGUAAUGGUAAUGCGGAGCAGUCUGAACAUUCUGAAAAUCGAGAAAAUCACAGUCGCGCGGAUCCGAAAAAUGGAGGAGUGCCUCACCUUCAAACAAAUUCGGGAAAGCCUGGUACACAACCGGCUGGCAGACGGGAAAAUGCGAAUGAAACGAGAACUGUAACUACAUUGAAGAAAUAUGAUCGAAUCAACGACGAGAUUUACCUCGGCAGGGGAAUUUUGCUCAACAUUUACGAAUGGGAUUACAUAAAAGAUUUAUAUCAACCAGGACCAUUCGUGAUUGCAUUAGCGGAGGCGAUCUGGAAAGACGGCAUGAAGGAUAUGUGCCUUAACCUCAAAAAGGCAAAACCCAGAAGUGAUGGGCAAGUGCGGAAGGCAAUUUCCAAAAGGAAAAUCUUGGCAAUGGAAGAACUCUAUCGAGAUAAAAUCUCCACAGAGAAAAACCGUUAUAGUUCAAGAAUUAACAACCAGGUUAAAAUUGUCAAAACGACACUAACUCAUGCGAUAAAUGACAGGAAUAAAAAGAAAAAAGAGAAACAAGAGGAACCAUACGAUUCAUCGGCCUCUACAGAUUAAAAGAAAAAUGAAAAAAACGGUAUUUCUCUUUUAAUUUUAAUAUUAAAUUUUUAUUAUAUUUAUAACUUCAGUGUUGUCGACAGUUAAGACAAAACAAUAUUUCCUCAAAAUCUUGGCUAGUCUCAAUAAGUUUCGAGUCUUGCGACAACACUACUUUUUUUGUUUUAAAUUCGUUGUAAACGUUUAUUAUUCGUUCGUUUUUAAUAUUAAUGUCAGUAUUAAUAUACGCUACACCAAAUAUAACCCGGCGAGUUCAAGUUUCUACUUUGUAACACCGAGCGUAAGGCAGGAUAUUUUUUACCUGGUAAGAAAUUUCUAUUUACAUGUUAAAAAGAACUGGGAAUCGUGAAACUUUUUCGUAUAUUGGCUAACAAUGUCAUAUAUUAAUUUUUUCAUUCAAAUAUUUCAUCCCGUUAAGCAAUUUAUUAUUGAUUAUCUAUAACACUUUCAAAUACAACUGGAAAUUAGCAUAUCGUCAGUUGGAUGCAGAAACAUGCUACUUCAGACUAGUCUUGAAAAACGUGCCGUGUUUCAAAAAAGAUUUGGAAUACAUGCCAAUCCAGAAAUGAUGAUUUUUUGUUUUUUAUUUAAGUUGACAUUAUUGAAGAUUUUAAUUAUGUUAUAAAUCUUUGUAAAUUAAUAAAAAAAAGUAUCCUUCAAAUAAUGUAAACUUAAAAAGUCUAUUUAAAAAAUUGUUCAAAAUAUGACUUUUUCAAAAAAAAUAAUCAUGGAAAAUACAUCUUGAAAAGUCAUUUUUGUAAAACUUUAUAACCUUCAGUACUGUCAACUUAAAUAAAAAACAAAAGAAACUCAUUUCUGAAUUGGCAUGUUUUCCAAAUCUUUUUUGAAACGGCACGUUUUUCAAGAUUAGUCUAAAGUGUCACGUUUCUGCAGCUAACCGACGAUAUUACACAGGAUACUUUAUUUUAUAUUUAGUUUUAUUUAUAUAUUUAUUAUAUAUAUUUAUUAUUUUUAUUUAUUUUAUUUUAUUAUUUAUUUCAUUUUUUUACCCUGCCUUACGGGAUAAACUAAAAAUAAAGUACAAAGUACACAACCUAUACGGCAUAUCGAAUAUGCGUUAACGUUAACGACGUGUUAACGACUGUACACAAUUAAAUAUGGAAUUUUAUUUAAAAACUUAAUUCUAUAAACGAAUUCAUUUUAAUUUAGGCAGAUUUAGCAUGAUCAAGACUGAAAAUCACGUUUGCUGUGAAAAUAAUGUUUUUUAAAAAACUUUAGACGACUGUUAUUGUUUUAUUUGGCUGAAAAUUUUUUGUUAUAAAGUUAUAAGGAUUAUAAGUGUAUAAGUCGGAAAAUUUAUUGAUUUAAAAUUUAAAUAAAAAUAUGUAAACUAACUUUUUCAGUGAAAAGUGCUGGAAGUUUUCUGAAAUUUUCUGGCAAUGGUUAUCGC